CAUAAAUGUUAUUUGCCAAGAAGAACAGCCCGAGAGGCGGAGGCGAGUCUGAAAUAGGAAGACGGUUCCGUCAGACACCUAAAGCUGGCUCCUGGAUGACUUUGGUGUGACCAAUAGCAACUUGACUGUUUUGCUACAACAUUUAUAUUUCGUCUUUGCGUUGUCCGAGUGGCGUGCAGACGCCACAUUGUUGUCGAAGAAAGCGAAACACCGGACCGCUGUGGCAGAGCUAUUGGAAAAGUACGGCGAGUGAACGAGGGGGUGAUGGACAAUUCCUGAGGAAAUUCAUGAGCACGUGAGGUGGAUUCCGACCGUGUUUCAGAGUACGCUUCACGCCCAAAAGAGACAACCAGGAAGAAGAAAACGGUGGACCGAGUGUAAACAAAAAUGGCGGCGUCCAUUGUUACCAGCAGCAUGUGAAGACGCCGAAAUACGGUGGUACCUUGACUUACGAAUGCAAAAACUUGGGUGUUUUCGUGGCUCGUUUGUGUUCUUGAUUUGCGUUGCGAGGUCAAAUUUGAGGUAACGGUGCCGCUAGUUGGCGCAGCGAACCCCACAAUAUCGGCCCAGCAUUCCUCAUUAGUUCCGUUCACGUGGUUACCUUGCAGUGGGUGGAAGUAUCUUUUUUUUUUUUUUUUUUUGUGCUUUCAUUUUCUCUUUUUUGUGUGUGUAUAAUUACUGUAACAAAUUCCUUUUUUUUUAAAACAUGGAUCCUGAGAAGAAAGUGGUUCCUCCAAAGAAGAAGAAAAAGAAAAUGAUGUCCAUUCAAUUAAAGCAUGAAAUCAUAGAAAAAUACGAGCGAGGUGUUCGCGUAGUCGACUUGGCAAGGCUGUACGACCGCAAUACUUCUACCAUAUGUUCUAUACUGAAGCAGAAGGAGUCGAUAAAGGCAAUAACGCCAGCUAUGGGUGUUAAAAUAAUUUCAAGGUUGCGGACUUCUGCCCAUGAAAAGAUGGAGAGGCUUCUGUUGGUGUGGUUGACAGAGAAGCAACUCACAAGAUGUCCUUUGACUGAGGGUGCUAUCUGCGAGAAGGCACGGGCCAUUUAUGCCGAUUUGUUACGGCAGACUCCGGGCUCUUCAACGGGAGGGGCACCGGAAGACUCAUUCAAAGCCAGUCGGGGCUGGUACGACAAUUUUAGGAGGCGGAUCAGCUGUCCCUCCGAUGUCAGAAAUUUUGAGACGGCAAGCUCGGAUGUGAACGAGGAUUACCGUAAAACCUUUACUGAUGUGAUAGCAGCUGAAGGAUACGUCCCCCAGCAGGUCUUCAACUGUGACGAGACCGGUCUCUUCUGGAAAAGGAUGCCGAGGAGGACUUUCAUAACCAUUGAGGAGAUGAAGAUGCCAGGCCACCAACCUUUGAAAGACAGGUUAACCCUCACACUGUGCGCCAAUGCGAGUGGUGACUGCAAGAUCAAGCCGCUGCUCGUAUACCAUUCAGAAAAUCCCAGAGCCUUUAAGUCACACAAGAUUAUUAAAGAAAAACUGCAGGUUAUGUGGAGGGCAAACCCGAGGGCGUGGGUCACCAGGCAGUUCUUUGUAGAGUGGGUCAACCUGGUCUUUGGUCCUGCUGUGAAGACGUAUCUCCAGAUGAAAAACCUACCCAUGCGAGCUCUUCUCGUCCUGGACAACGCUCCUGCUCACCCACACAACCUCGAAGAUGACAUACUUGAAGAUUUCAAAUUCAUAAAGGUUUUCUACCUUCCACCUGACACCACCACUAUCCUGCAGCCCAUGGACCAGCAGGUGGUGUGUAAUUUCAAGAAACUCUUCACCAAGCACCUGUUUCGUCGGUGCUUUGAGGUGACUCAGAGCUCAAAUCUCACCAUCCGAGAGUUCUGGAAGGACCACUAUAACAUCGUGUCAUGUCUCAGAAUUAUCGAUAUGGCCUGGCAGGGUGUUACAAAGAGGACCUUGAUUUGUGCGUGGAAGAAGCUGUGGCCUGAGGUUGUGUCUGAAAGGGUCAUAUUCGAACCCGAAGAGGCAGUGGUGGAGGAGAUUGUGUCCCUCGGAAAGUCCAUGGGCCUGGAGGUUGAUGAAGAGGAUGUGAACGAGCUUGUUGAGGAGCACUCCGAGGAACUGACACCAGAGGAGUUAAAAGCACUACAGACGCAGCAGCAUGCAAAGGUUUUGCAGGAAAUCGGUACCGCGGAGGAGCCAGAGGUGGAUGAAGUUCUCUCUACAAGUGAGAUCAUGGAAAUGUUGGAACUUUGUGGAGCAACUUGGUGCAAUUCAACCUCUUGAAGAUAACGUCGUCGAUGGGGUGGCUGGCAUACGGCACAAACCCCUGGUAGUGGUAGCUCUCUCAGGGCUUUGCCCUCGUGAUGAG